AUGAUCAAGUCGUUCAGAAGAAGCAAAAGACUGUCGAACUCGUCGGGGUCGCCCAAGCAUUCCAUAUCCCGCGUGGGAUCCUCACAGUCUAAUCCGGGAAUCGAUCUCGAUCCCGUUCUCCAGUCCCCCAAGAAAGUCAUCAAGGCAUUGUACGAUUACGAACCCCAAGGCCCUGGCGAGUUGAAGUUCGCCAAGGGCGACUUCUUCCAUGUGCUCACCGAGGACAAUGACACCAACUCUUCCGACAACUCCAACGGCUGGUACGAAGCCACCAACCCCAUGACCCAUGCCAGAGGCAUGGUUCCCAUCAGCUACUUCGAGGUGUUCAACAGGUCCCGCCCUGCCACCCAAGACAACCAGCCCUCUGCACCCACAGCUACCACUUCCCACGGACACGCAAACAGAAACUCCAACCAGACUCUCUACGCCGUGACCUUAUUCGAAUUCAGAGCUGAACGUGAGGACGAAUUGGAUAUUUCACCAGGAGAAAACUUGAUCAUAUGCGCACACCACGACUACGAGUGGUUUAUUGCCAAGCCUAUCAACCGCUUGGGAGGCCCAGGCUUGGUCCCAGUCUCCUACGUCAAGAUCGUGGACUUACUCAAUCCCGGAUCCAGCCAAAAUUUGAAUAAUCCGCAUACUCAAGAUGAAAUCGUAAGAGCCAUAAAUAACUUCAAGAUUCCAACUGUGGAACAGUGGAAAGACCAGACAGCAAAAUACCAGGCAUCUACCAUACCUCUUGGUUCUAUCACGAAUAACCAAACGCCACCGGUUUCAUCAAACACCCAGUUUUUCGAGGGCAACUCCAAUUCUAACCGUUCUUCGUUGAGCUCAUCCAACACUACCAUUUUGGAAGCAGGAGUGGACUCGUACCAAUUGGAUCACGGACGGUAUCAAUAUUUGGUUAUAGCCAGGUUGUCCAACGGAAAGAUCAGAUAUUUGUACAGGUACUACCAGGAUUUCUAUGAUUUGCAAGUAAGAUUAUUGGAAUUAUUCCCGUAUGAGGCUGGCAAAAUAGAAAACUCCAGAAGAAUCAUUCCAUCAAUACCAGGACCGUUGAUCAACGUCAAUGACAGUAUUUCAAAGUUAAGAAGAGAGAAGUUGGACUACUAUUUGAGAAAUUUGAUAGCAUUGCCCCUUCACAUAUCUAGAUCUGAAGAAGUAUUAAAAUUGUUUGAAGUCUUGGAGAAUGGAUUUGAUAAGGAAUUUUCGGAUGAUGGAGCUAACAUCAAGCGCUCUUCCAAACCUAUUAGCCAACAAUCGAACUACCAACAAGACAGAAUGUCCCAGUAUUCUACUUUCCACAACCAUCCUGCCAAUGGACCAAGCAGAAACUCAAAUACGCCAACAUCCACAGAGUCCAUUGGACGUUCCAGAUCAUCUUCUAGCAGCAACGUGCUCAACGGACCAACCGGGGGGGAUUCCAAGCCAUCCAAGGUCAAGGUGAAAUUCUACUACCAAGAUGACAUUUUUGUCUUACUCCUUCCGUCCAACUUGAGAUUGCAGGACUUGAAGACCAAAUUACAUAAACGGUUGAAUUUGGAAGGGGACGAGCAUGAAGCUCAACUGGGCAAUCUGAUCCAGUUGUUCUUGAAGAAUGACUACGAAGACUUCAUCAGUGAAAAUGACAUAGUUAACGACGAUUUCAGCGAGAUUCACCGGGACAAAUUGAAAGAGUUCGAGGUGGAUGACGACUCGAAAUUCCAUGAAGUGUUGUUUGAAAAGUGCAAGUUGGUCAUUCUAGUUUAG